UGCGGCUCAAGCUCUUCCUACACAGCUGGCAGGUCGGCAUGAGAUUAGAACUAUUUGCUCAGAAUACGAGCACAAGAGACAUUUGCCCUUAUCAUCCAAGACCCAUGCGAAUCUGCUCCCGAAGCAGUUUAAGAGGAUUACAGACUUAAGUGUUAAGGAUUUGAAAUUGCAUUCCUGACAUCUCUUUCCACUGUUGCUGUUUUUAUACCAGCUGUGGUCAUGGUCGACUUUCAAGACGAGCGGUACAGCCCAACCGGUUUCGAGAAGAGUGAUAUCAAGGUUCAAGAGGUCAUCGAGACCAUCGCUGACUUUGACGAUCCGAACAUAGAUCGUGACGGUGCCAUCGUCGGAGUUCUUGAGGAUGAUUCGCCAUAUCCAGAGGUCCGCAGUGCUGUAGCUAACACGGAUGACCCGUCUAUCCCUUGCAACUCGUUCCGCGCUUGGGUUAUAGGCCUGUCGUGGGCCAUUUUGAUUGCUGGCAUGAAUCAAUUCUUUUACUUUCGCUACCCAUCCGUGAGCGUCUCUAGUAUCGCGGCACAAUUGCUUUCUUUCCCUGUGGGUCGCGCCUGGGCAAAGGUUGUGCCGAAUGUCCGCGUCUUGGGUGUUCAGACUAAUCCUGGACCGUUUUCAAUUAAAGAACAUGUUUUGGUUACUAUUAUGGCCACCGUGGGUGGAUAUUCUGCCUAUGCUACUGAUAUCAUUGCGGUCCAACGAGUCUAUUAUGGACAAACAUACAAUUUUGUUUAUCAAUGGAUGGUUGUUAUGUCCACUCAGCUCAUUGGUUUUUCAAUUGGUGGUAUCUUGCGGCGAUUCCUCGUGCAGCCUCCCUCGAUGAUAUGGCCCGCCAACCUUGUGACGUGUGCUCUCUUCAACACCCUCCAUUCGCAGACAUAUGCAGGUAUAGGUACUCGUGGAGGAGUGUCACGUGAACGCUUCUUCCUUUAUGCAUGGGUGUGUGGUGUCCUAUGGUACUUUUUACCUGGGUACCUCUUCCAGGGCCUAUCUUACUUCUCAUGGGUAUGCUGGAUUGUACCAGACAACAUCGUGGUCAAUCAGAUGUUUGGAUAUGAGAGUGGAUUGGGAAUGAGCAUGAUCACAUUUGACUGGGCUCAAAUUACUUACAUUGGUAGUCCGCUUGCCACACCAUGGUGGGCCGAGGCAAAUAUUGCAGUUGGCUUCGCAUUCUUCUUCUGGCUCAUUGUCCCUACGCUGUAUUACACCAACACCUGGUACAGCAAAUACAUGCCGAUUUCCUCGAGGACAUCGUUCGACAACACUGGCGCCUCGUAUAAUAUCACCCGUAUCAUCAAUUCGGAUGCCUCUCUUAACUUGACAGCAUAUGAGGAAUAUAGCCCCUUGUUCCUCUCGACGACUUUCGCUUUGUCCUACGGCCUGUCAUUCGCCUCUAUCACAGCAACUCUCACGCAUGCAUUCCUGUUCUUCCGGAAACAAUUAUGGGUUCAGAGCAGACGCUCGAUGCACGAGCAACCUGACAUCCACGCCAGGCUCAUGUCCAAGUACAAACAAGUACCAGAAUGGUGGUACAUGAUCGUUUUUCUGAUCAUGUUUGUAAUUGGUGUAAUUGCCAUUGAGUUGUGGCACACUGAGUUCCCAGUUUGGGCUUUCGUCCUGUCCUUGACUAUCGCAUUCUUUUACGUCAUCCCCAUCGGGAUGAUCCAGGCCAUCACUAACCAACAAGUAGGACUGAACGUUAUCGCUGAACUAGUCGUUGGAUAUGCCCUUCCUGGCAGACCCAUUGCAAUGAUGAUGUUCAAGACAUGGGGAUACAUCACCAUGUAUCAAGCUCUCACCUUCACUUCCGACUUCAAGCUUGGUCACUACAUGAAGAUUCCUCCACGGACCAUGUUCUGGGGUCAAGUCGUAGCUGCUGCCAUCGCAGGAACCGUGCAGCUCGGUGUGCAAGCAUGGAUGUUUUCCAACAUUCCAGACAUGUGCAGUACCCAUCAGAAAGACGGAUUCAUCUGCCCCAACACAGAAGUCUUCGGAACCGCCAGCUUUAUCUGGGGGGUCAUUGGUCCACAGAGACAAUUCUCGUCAGGCCAGAUCUAUCACGCGCUUGUAUAUUUCUUCCUCUUCGGCGCGAUCUGCCCGACUAUCGCAUGGUUGAUUUCGUUGAAGUGGCCAAAUAGCUUCAUUCGCUAUGUCAACUUUCCCGUUAUCUUCAGCGGUAUGGGGGCCAUUCCCCCAGCCAGUGCGCUGAACUACGUCCCAUGGGCAAUUGUUGGAUUCAUUUUCCAAUAUGUUAUCCGGCGUAGAUAUUUCUCUUGGUGGACGAAGUACAAUUAUGUCCUUUCGGCUGCCAUGGACUCUGGUUUGGGCAUAUCCAUCAUCUUGAUCUUCUUCUGCCUCCAAUACCCCAAAAACGGCACAAUUGGACUGAACACUGUCCAGUCGUGGUGGGGCAAUACUGUUUUUUUGAACACGGCUGAUGGACAGUCUUUGCCGCUCUUGACGGUACCAGAAGGUUCUACUUUCGGUCCGACGACGUGGUAAUUAUCAGUAUAACAACGUAACAUGAUGUACGAGAUCUUUGUAUCAUAUGAUAUAAUUAUAGAUUCUUGACGGACUGAAUGAUUUUAUCUUGAC